AUGCAUCAAAGGGCCACCAAGUUUGCUGAACUUUUGACAUCCAGUUUUGCGGCAUUAUUCUCUAUCCUAAUCAUAGUUGGCGUCAGUUCUUUAACUUUCAAUCUCUUUCAAUUCCUUCAAUUAAUAACGCUAACAAAAAAUACCGGUCAGGCAUCUAUAGUCGCUGUAUUAAUACUCCUACAUUUCAAUUAUAUGUUCGUUGCUAAUUACGGGGGACAAGAAUUAUUGAAUCAUGGUCUAAAGCUGUUCAAAGCAACGUGGUAUAACGGACUAUGGUAUGCAGCGCCGUUGCGUACGCAAAAACUGUUGUUAUUUAUAAUGCAAAAGGGAACAAUAAAUGUCGGUUUCACGUGUGGUGGCAUAUUUGUUGUAUCCCUAGAAGGUUUCGCUACGAAUCAGGCAGCUAUUGCCAUCGUUUUAGAUGUGUGGAUGUAUACCGACUUUGUGAUUUCCACUUACACAACAUUACUCGCUAUUCUGAUCGUAGUUGGCGUCAGUUCUUUAAGUAUCAACCUUUUCCAAUUUAUUCAACUUGUAAGAUUCACAAACAAUAUUCGAGCAAUAUCUAUUAGUAUUGUGAUUUUAAUUCAUCAUCUGAGUUAUAUGUUUGUUCUUAAUUAUGGAGGACAAGAAUUAAUAAAUCAUGGAUUACAGUUCUUCAAAUCAAGCUAUAAUGGACUAUGGUACGCAGCACCUUUGCAUACACAAAAAUUAUUAUUAUUUAUAAUGAAAAGGGGAACAAUAAAUACUGUUUUUGUAUGUGGUAAAAUAUAUAUUGCAUCCUUGGAAGGAUUUGCUUCGCUCACGAGUACAGCAAUAUCUUACUUCACAGUGAUCUAUUCUACGCGAUAAUGAAUUAGAAAGGAAAAUUUGCAGGGAUUGGAAGUAACUCGUUACUUGUAACGCCAUAAUCAUUACAGUUACUUUUUUUGGUAACGGAUUAGUUUGGUAAUGCCGUUAUUUUAUUUUUGGUAACUGUAACGUAGUUACAUUUUUUUCGGUAACGAUAACGAAUUACACGGUAACGAGUUAUUUUUAUCAUUACUUUUUGUAUUUAUGACAAAAUUUUCUGUAUGUAUAUUCAAUCUUCAAUUCUAAGCUAGUAUUUACAUAGUUUACUCUUAGUUUAAGACUGUUUUAAAUAACGUCUUAAAAUAUUAAUGACUUUGUGAUUGGUUUAUGACAUCUGAAGAAUGCCGUAAGUCAAUUAAUAUCACAAAUUAAAUUGAGAAGUACUUUAAUAAGAUAUUUUUACUUGUUAUAUGUGCAUAU